AUGUUAAGCGAUGAUGGAGUGCGAUGUGCUCAACCCUAUUUUCCUCCGCAAAUAACAUUUUCUACGUAUGACAAUAAAGCUAUUACUGCAGUCGAUGAAUUAAAUCAACAAGCUUACAGAUCAUACAUUAUAACUUCAACACUAACUGAAUAUUCAUUCGCAAUGCAGCAUUUUCCAUUUGCAAUUCCCGAUUCACCAGAAUCAAAAUAUUAUGUUCAAUUGAAAUUAGACUACCCAUCAAAUAGUUGUAACUAUGGAACUUAUUGGAAGUAUGGUGAUUAUCUAUCCAGUGCAUUUCCUUCACAUUGGAAUUUCAAUCAUAGUUCAUUUACAAUUGAUAAUUUUGUCAACUUCCGAUAUGAAAUGAUUCAUUCUAACAACAAUACAGGAGAUGAAGAUUAUUGGUAUUCAAAUGAAACAUGUCAAAUUGAUACUGGUGAAAACUUUCCUUGUCAAGAGAUUUAUUUUAAGAAAAACACAGAUAUACCUCUUAAAACAGCUGAAGUUGUUCGUCGACGAUGGGAAGUGUUGCACGAAACGAUAUAUUACAAAGUCAUAUCUAUUGGCAAACCCGAUGACAGACUAUUCAAGAGAAUUCCACAAAAUUGGGCUUAUAAUUGUACAGAUCUUUCGCUUGGACUUCUUUAUAAUCCUCAACUAUUGGUGA